AUGGUGUUAAGCGCAGAUGAUGGAAAACUGUCCUUUGAUGAAUUCAAAGCUUACUUUGCUGAUGGAGUUCUGAGGGAGCUUUUUCGCACCAUUGAUACACACAAUACUGACAAUCUUGACACAGAAGGGCUCUGUGAUUAUUUUUCAAAGCACUUAGGAGAGUAUGAAAAUGUUCUAUCUGUCUUGGAAGACUUAAACAUAACCAUACUGAAGGCAAUGGACAAAACAAAGAAAGACUAUCAGGAGGCUUCCAGUUUGGAGCAGUUUGUGACUCGCUUUCCUUUGAAGGAGACCCUGACCCAGCUGCAGUCCCUGCAGAGCUGCCGGUGCGCCGUGGAGAGCGCGGAGGAGCAGAGCCGGCAGGAGAGAAAAGAUCCAAGAAAACCAGAAGUGCUCUCAGUCCAGUGGCCAGGAAAAUGCUCAGCUCGAAGGCUUCAGAGAAACAACAGCCUGUCAUCAAAUAACUCUUAUUCCAGCACAGGUUGGAUUGAGGAAGACAGCCAAUGGGUGAUCCAGAUAAACAGACUCCAGAAGCUAAUUGAUAGACUGGAAAAGAAGGACCUCAAGCUUGAGCCACUUGAAGAGGAAGUUUUGGAAGAAAAUGCAAGAUCUCAGAUAAUGAUUGUUCAGCACCAAAUGUCUGUGAAAGAAGAAAAAGAGGAAGAAUUCCAUCGUGCCCUGAAGCAGUACCUGGAAUCUGCUUCUGCUCAAGGAGGCUGCUUGCAUGUUUCCAUACAGAAGAUUCCGAGUAAUUUCCACUUCAUUUUUUAUGAGUUCUGGGAAAACAGCAAUGCCUGGAAUAGCCGCCUUCAAAUGAAUUACAGCAAGACAUUCCAGAGAAGUAAUGUGGAUUUCUUGGAAAGUCCAGAGCUCAUCACAACAAUGCUAGUCCCUGCAUCGUGGUGUGUCCUCAAUAACAACUAG